UAAACAAGAUGUGAUAUGGAAUGCGACGCCACUGCUAAAACAACUCGUAAAUUCUGUUGCCAGUUAAUCGCCAGCCAAUUCAGCUAUCACAGUCCCACGAUCUCAACUCUCGAUAUGGAUUCUAAAAUUGUAUUGUUUUUUGUUCAAAUCGCUGCAGUCAGUAUGGCACACAUGAUUAGAGUAACAAACAAUUGCCCGUUUACUGUAUGGCCCGGCAUACAAGGCAACCCGAGACAGCAACAUCUUGAAAACGGUGGGUUUUCGUUGGACGCCUACAAGACUCAUUUUAUUCUCUCGUCUCCAACUUGGGCUGGUAGGAUUUGGGGCAGAACUAAUUGUGAYAGUAGAGGAAAAUGCGAAACAGGCGAUUGCGGAAACAAGAUCCAGUGCAACGGGACCUUGGGCGUUCCACCCUUGUCCUUAGUUGAGAUUCAGUUUGCCAAGUCCAACAUCUACUAUGUGUCAUUGGUGGACGGAUUUAACCUGCCAAUCAGAAUCACACCGAACAAAUAUCAAGUAGAAUCGAAAAACAGCACCGACUGCAAGUCGGCUAACUGUGUGGCCAAUCUAAACAGCAAGUGCCCCACCAAAUUAGCCGUCAAUGCAGCUGAUGGUUCCGGAGUGGUGGCUUGCAAGAGCGCCUGUGCGCUGUUCAACACGGACAGUGAUUGCUGCAAAGGUGUCUACACCACCCCGGCUACUUGUAACAGUAGGUCGUGGCCCCAAAACUAUCCACCAUUCUUCAAGGAAGCCUGCCCGGACGCCUACAGUUAUCCGUUCGACAACACGACUAGUACGUUUUCGUGUCGCGGCAGUUCAUUAACCAAGUUUGACAUCAUAUUUUGCCCUUAAGCCAAUAUUAUUGUGUGUAGCUAUAUAUGCCUAUAUAUAUAUUGGUUCAAGGUUAGGUCUUUUAACACAGUUUCUAUAAAUUAUUUUACUAUAUUUAUAAUAAAGAAAAAUAAAGCAUAUAUUGUAUGAGAAUAAAGAUGUAUAGGUUGGUAGGUAAUACAUAUAACAUAUACAUCAUUUAUAUCAAAUACUAUUUUCGAAAAUCUACUUGUUAUUUCACUCUAUAUCUUAUUAUUCUCAAAAAUAUGUAAAAGUUAUACAGUUAAAUCG